AUGAACCCAGGGCCCGCGGCACUGCAGCCUGCAGUGAACCCAGAGCCCGCGGCACUGCACCAUCCAGUGAAUCCAGUUCUGGACUCUGGGCGUUUCACAGUGAACUCAGUGCCCACAGCACUGCAGCCUCCAUUGAACCCUGAGCCCGUGGCACUGCACACUCCAGUGAACGCUGUGCCCGUGGAACUGCAACCUGCAGUGAACCCAGUGCCAACAGCUACAGCCUCCAGUGAACCCAGGGCCCGCCACACUGCAGCCUCCAGUGAACCCAGUGCCAAUGGCACUGCAGUCUCCACUUCCAGUGAACCCAGGCCCACGGCACUGCACCCUCGACUGAAUCCAGUGCCCGUGGCACAGCACCCUGCAGUGACCAAAGUGCCCGCAGCACUGCAUCCUGCAGUGCACGCAGUGCACAGGGCACUGCAGCCUGUAGUGAACCCAGUGCCUGCGGCACUGAAGCCUGCAGUGAACGCAGAGCCCACGGCACUUGAACCCAGUGCCCGCGGCACUUCACCCUCCGAUAAGGCAGUGACCGAGGCACUGCACCCACCAGUUAACACACCUCAUGUGAACCCACUGCCUACGGCACUGCAGCCUGUAGUGAACCCAGUGCCCGAGGCACUGCAGCCUGUAUUGAACCCAGUGCCCGCCGCACUGCAUCCUCCAGUGAACCCUGUGUCCACGGCACUGCACUCUCCAGUGAACCCAGUUCCCACUGCACUGCAGCCUCCAUGGAAUUCAGUGCCUGCGGCACUGCAGCCUACAGUGAACAAAGUGCCAGUGGCACUGCAUCCUCCAGUGAACCCAGUGCCCUCGGCACUGCAGCCACCUGUGAACCAAGAUCCUGCAUCACUGCACCCUCCAGUGAAGCCAAUGCUGGGUGCACUGAACCCGCCAGUUAACACAGCACCCACAGCACUGCAUCAACCUUUGAACCCAGUGGCAGCGGCACUGCAUGUGCUACUGAACCCAGUGCCUGAGGCACUGCACCCUCCAGUGAAAAAAGUGUCCGCAGCACUGCAUCCUGCUGUGAACACUGUGCUGGGGCACUGCAUCCUGCAUGAAUCCAGUGCCCGCAGUACUGCAGCAGAGCCCGUGGCACAGCACCCUGCAGUGAAGCCAGAGCCUGUGGCACUGCACCCUCCAGUGAACCCUUGUGCCUUUGGCACUGCACCAUGUAGUGAACCCAGUGCCCGCGGCACUUCACCCUCCGAUAAGGCAGUGACCGAGGCACUGCACCCACCAGUUAACACACCUCAUGUGAACCCACUGCCUACGGCACUGCAGCCUGUAGUGAACCCAGUGCCCGAGGCACUGCAGCCUGUAUUGAACCCAGUGCCCGCCGCACUGCAAAGAUCCGGUGGCACUGCAGGCACCAGUGAACACAGUUCCCGCGGCACUGAAGCCUGCAGUGAAGACAGUGCCAGCGACACUGCACCAUCCAGUGAACACAGUGCCAGUGGCACUGCAUCCUGCAGUGAACCCAGUGCCCACGCUUCCAUCAUCUCAGUGACUGGUGCACUGCAGCCUGCAGUGAACCCAGUGCCCGCGGUACUGCAGCCCCCAGUGAACCCAGUGCCUGCAGCAGUGCAGCCUCCAGUGAAGCCUGACCGCCAGGCCCUGCACCCUCCAGUGAACCCAGUGCCUGUGGCACUGCAGCCUCCAAUGCAGCCAGUCCUGAGUGCACUGCACCCUCCUGUUAACGCAGUGACCGCAGCACUGCACCAUCCAGUGAACCAGUUCCCGCCGCACUGCAGCCUGCAGGGAACCCAGUCUGGAGGCACUGCAGCCUCCAGUGAACCCAGUGCAGGCGGCAUGGCAGUUUGCAGUGAACCCUGUGCUCGCGGCAUGCAGCCUGCAGUGAACCCCAUGUCCGCAGCACUGCAGCAUGCAGUGAAUCCAGUGCCCACAGCACUGCAGCCUCCAGUGAACCCACUGCCCGCGACACUGCUCUCUCCAGUGAACACAGUGCCCGUGGCACUGCAGUCUGCAGUGAAACCAGAGCCCGAGGCAAUGCAGCCCCCAGUGAACCCAGUGCCCGCAGCACUGCAGCCUCCAGUGAACCCUGACCCCGCGGCACUGCACCCUCCAAUGAACCCACUGCCCGAGGCACUGCACCCGCCACUGAACCCAGUUCCCAUGGCAAUGCAGCCUGUUACUCAAGUGAACCCAGUGUCUGCGGCACUGCAGCCUCCCGUGAAGCCCGUGCCCGACACACUGCAUCCUCCAGUGACCCCAGUGCCCGCAGCACUGCAGCUUCCACCCAUCUCAGUGACCGGUGCACUGAACCCUCCAGUGAACCCAGUGUCCGCAGUACUGCAUCCCCCAGUGAACCCAGUGCCCACAGCACUGCAGCCACCAGUGAAGCCUGACCGCCGGGCCAGCACCCUCCAGUGA